AUGGUCAGCCAGGCUAUCCCCAAACGCAGCAACCUAGUACUAAGCAUUAUGGGAUGCAAAAAAGUCCAGUCCAGCAAGGAUAUAGGCCUCCUCAGCCUGCAUCAGCAGCUUUUCCUUGGUGAUGUGCCUUACCAAGGUGCAACUCUAGUAGCUGCAACAUAUAUGGUAGCACCAACAUGGUUCCUCAAGAACAAUAUGGCUCCACGUCAAGCGGUGGGCCUGUAUAACAGCAAACAUACCCUUCCUACAGCUCGGCUCCACCAUCUCAUGGUUACAACAAUGGAACUCAACCACAUGCCGCUGGUCCAGCUUACCAGCGGUAAAGUGUUUAGCCAGCUUCUUCUACUCAUGAUCAGUCUAGUGCACAGCAAGCUGCAGCAACUGGAUAUGGCGGGCAAGUACCUCCAACUAUUGGCAUCUCCUCCCCUCUUGCUGGCUCGUAAACGUCCUCAGUAUUCUCGAGUAGAGCUGCGUCGGAGGCUAGCCUAUGCAUAG